UAUAUCUUCUUUGAUUUUAAAUGGAAGAGUACGUAGAUGAAGAAAUGUUGAAAGGUUAUGCAAAAGAUGGCCAAAUUGAUUCACCAGACAAAGAGGGUAGAACCCCACUGAUGAUAGCAUGCUUGCAUGGUCUUCAAGAAACUGUUCAGUCCUUAUUAGCAAAUGGGGCUGACCCUAACUCCAGGAAUGCCACUGAUGGUAAUACCCUGCUCCAUUAUGCUUGUAUGGUAGUUGGAGAAACAGAAGGGGAUUCUUUGUGUGGAAAAUAUUAUCGUCCAUCAAACUGGAUGGCAGCUAAGCUUGCAAUUACCAAGCUGCUUGUUAAUCUUGGAGCAGAAACUCUUCAGGAAAAUGAGGAUGGAUGGAUCCCUGCAUAUGUAGCUUCAUUGUACCGCCUGACGGACGUUGUUGACUUCCUCAUAUCGAUGGAUGAUGUAUGUUGGGAGGUCAAGAUAAGGGCAAAUGAAAUAAUGGGAGUUUCUCAUGUUGCUUUGGAUGAUCAAUACAACUUUCAGAAUGCAUUCUAUCCUUUUUCAAAAGCCAUAUCCUUCUGGAAACAGUCUGGUCUCCCCGAACCACAAUCAGGAACCUUAAAACUUUCAGAAUGUGUUUCCAAAACCUCCCUGAAAGAAUGCCGAACACACCAGGAAAUCACAUCAAUCAAAGAGUCAAGAGUGGCUUUGAUGGUGCAUGCCUUUCUGCUUGGGGAGAGGCUUUUUCCCGAUCAGCUGAAGAAGAUGUAUCUCUACCCACUCAUGGCCAGAUUCGGGAUUGAGUUGAUGUUUGAUAAGCAAAUGUACGAGGAAGGCUUCCAAAUAUUGUCUUGUGCCCUUGUGUUGGAGCAGAGAGGUGAAUUGAGGUUAGGAACAUUAGCCUCACACCUGGCUGAAAAAAGUGGAUCAUUUCAAGGAGUAUUUACUAUCAGAUCUGGAAAACGAGUGCCAGUACAUGAAUUCUGUCAGGGUGCAAGGCAGCUGUUGCAUUCCUAUGCAUCCACUCUGCAUGAGGUUCCAAUAAACUCAGUACUACAGAAUAAGAAAACAAUCAUUGAAAGCUUCGGUGGAAUACUUUUCAACGAAACAUUCUAUUGCUCAAAUAUUGAAAUCUUGAAGUCCAUAUUUCAGGCUGUAGAAAAGUCACUGAGGGUCAUCCAGGGUAGAGUUCUGAUGGAAGCUCCAGAGAAGUAUCAAGAGAUGCCUUCAGUAAUCUUCAAAAUGAUGGAACUCUUGGGUGAUGUCUGUGACAGAAAACCUGAUUCAAAUCUACUUAGAGUAAAGUUUGUAAUGUCAAAGAUCCUGUUUUAUGAUAAUGUUUUAUAUAAGGACAGACAUGGAUCCAACAUUCUCCACCUAUUAGCAUACUGUGGCGAUGCAAGUAGGUACAUCAAGUACCUUAGGGAUCUUGCCAGGAUCAUUGUACGUCAUGGAUGUCCAAUAAAUGUUCUGAAUGAUGAUGGUGAAACCCCUUGAAGCCUCUUGGAAAAUGACAUUUUUGUUGGCCGUGAAUUUCUAAUGUUAUUGAGCCCACCAACAACAGUAAUGCGCUUAGAGGAACUGGCCAUCAGAACCA